CAUCUGGUUAAGAGAUUUCGUAUUAAAUGUCUUGUUGAAAGAUGUAAGCACAGAUGAGUGUAGCAGCGUACAUUGGAUUCGUUUCGGUUUUAACGUUGUUGGAUUUGAGUGACGAGGUAUGCGUGAGCCAGGUUAUGAUGACGCCGGUAUCUGUGUUUCGAUGCAAACGCGAAGUCUGUGAUUCCUAUACUUUACGUUAAUUUAUUACCAAGGAUACACCGAAUAACCAGAAAACAUCAACACAAACAAAGGUGCAGGAAUAUGUUUUCUUGUAUCGAUAGAAGAUCCAAGACCUAAAAACAUGUAAAUAUGGCAGAAGGCGGAACGGAACCAAAGUCCAAUGACAAUCAAUUAUCUAAACUUCAGUUAGAAGUAAACGAGUGUCUUGGUAAUUGGCUAGUGUACUUACAGACGCUCAAUGGCCUAUGUACAGCUGGUACAAAGUUGGCUCAGUCCUUACAAACUCUCCUAUCUGCUCAUAAUACAUUGGCACAAUGCAAACUGCCGGGACAGUGUCUUGCUGGUUGGGAAGAGCUCACGAGAGCAACGUAUAUAGCAAGCAACACCGUAAAGAAUCACAUUAUUUCUGCCUUGAGGGAUCAUGAAAGUAGAGAAAGCAAAGGAGACAAACAUGACAUACUUAGAGAUAAUUUAUUAACUUUCAUAAAUCUGCAAUAUCAGUUCUGCGUUGCUUGUUGUGAAUGCGUAGGUGGAAUGGUUGAAUGCUCUUGUUCGCAAAGUGGUACCACCGAAUGCGAUGUUAUAUCACUUCAACAAUGUUUCGAAAGAUUGUAUAGUUCGCCGCCACCAGUGUCUUUGUCGUCGACACAACAAUUGGUGCAAAGUUGUCAUAGAUCGCCUUUACCAUAUCCUUUAUUUCCUCUGCAGGUUCAGAGGAGGUGGUCUGAAACAGCAGCUGCAGAAAUGUCGGGUGAAACAGCGGAGAACACGAUGAGAAGGUGGUCUAUGCCAUGGGAUUGUCGAAACAUCACGGAUUGGCCGCGACAGGAUGUAAGGUUACGAUUAAGGGUUCCUCAUCGAGACAUAAGUAGGUCCACUACGCCCGACACCACAUGGAAAACAUCCACCAUGGCCAGUCAGGAUGGCCUGCAGGAGGCAAUCCAAUUGUUAUCUUGCAAACCAGGAGUUAGACCCUUAAAUCAACUAUCGGCUUACGCCAAUCAACAUAUUCCGGGUGUUACUUUAACAACGUGCAAUUUCGAGUCAAACUAUGACCCAACGAUUUGGCCAGGAUCUCGUAAAGUGGGUACAUCGAGGUGUUGGCCCCAUGAUUCCCACUCGAACGACCAUUCUGACCAAUCGGGACGUCGUGAAAGUGACCAAAGUCCACACAGUGGAGAGCACAGAGAUUCAGAACAAAGUGGAGCCAGCGGUAGUCACGCAGACAGCAAAGAUAGCAUUCAUUCGCAUAUCGAUCAUAGAGAAAUCGAACUCGGUACUGUAGAUGUAUUACCGUCUCGCAAAAGCAGCUCUUCAACAGAUUCUUGCAUAUCAGCACAUAGCCGUUCAGGAUCCGAAAGCGCUGGUGGUGGGGAAUGUGCGAGAUCUCAGUUGUAUUCGAUGUGGAGCGGCAGUGAUUUGCCUUUCAUUAAAUUACCAGAAAGCAAUGAAACACAGGACGAACACCCGCCUGUAUAAAUAUACGGUAUUUGCAGGCAAAUUUUC